UUCCCCGACAUAUAUAAAAGAAGACUUUCUGCUUGCACCUUAGGGUGCCCUGAAGUUGCCAAUCUGUAUAAAUGUUGUUUGUUUGCAUCGUAUUGUCAGACUGUGUCAAUGGUAGAUAUACAGCCCCACGAAAGGGCUCUGGGAAGGUAGACGAGGUCGUCAUGCCAAUUAGAGGAGGAGAUGGACUCUCUCACCACACCAGUCUGUGCCUGCUCUGACAGACCGGGUUCAGCAGGGCACGGCUCCAUGGAAUGGGGGUCCAACCAGGGUCGGUGGUAUCUGGUCUGGACCCUGACACCUGGAGCCAGAGAGGAGCUCCGGUGGUCUGAAGCAGCAGUAUUAGUUCUGCCCCAACCACCCUGCAUCAACCAACCGUCUCCUGAAUAAUGUGACCGACUCCCCACCACCCAACACAUCAGCCACUAGGUCCUGGUAUCCUAGAGGCCUCUGCCCUGAUCCCUAGAGGCUGGGUCCUGAUCCCUCGAGGCGGGCCCCAAGGCCGGGUCCUAGAGGCCUAGGUCCUGAUCCCUAGAGACUGUGUUGCUGAGGACUGGGUCCUAGAGGCCGGGUGGCUGAGGACGGUGUGUGUCCAUGUGAGUGUUAGCCUACAAGUUGUUUUCAGUGAUGUUGGUCCAGUGUAGUGAUUGAGUUUCAUUUGUGAGUCAAGUGUCAACUGUGAGCACUAAAUGUGAAAUUGCAAUAUUGCAAUGACAACACAAAACUAUUUCUGGGCUGUGUUUCUUUUUAAAGGAAAACGUAUUCAGGUCUUCCUAGUUUUCAGAAUAAGUGCUUUUGUUCCGGAGCCUGAUGGACCGGCGUGGUUAAUACGAAGGAAUCCUCUUUACAAGCGGAGAACUUUGUCCUCGCAUACCUUUUUGUUAAAUUCUCAACUGCCAAAAUCCAAUGCAUCUAAAUCCAGCAGGGAUUGGCUGACGGGCUGACUGAGAGGAGCUCGUGCAUUAUGGGAAGAGGAGUCUACUGUCUGAGAACCCAGAGAUCACUCCCCAUACAUAGAUAUAGAUAUAUCUAUGUCUAUAGAUAUGGAGAUGACUAUGUCUAUAGAUAUAUCAUAUCGUCUGGAGAUUAAAGCACAAGCUUGCUGCAUAUUCCACCCAGUGCUGAGAGCCUUUUGUACAUUGAGGAGCUGCCGUAAGCCCCUCCCUUUGUCAUGUGACCCCAGCCGCCACACACACACAUUGCCAAUAUUUUUCUAGAAGGGAUUCCCCCCCCCCCCCCCCCACCCAACACGUGUCUGAGGAUCAUUAGGUUGAUUUAGACCCCCCCCCCCUUGAUCUUCUCUGUGUGGUCGAAGAAGCACUGACAUCAUGGAGGCAGAAUCAGUGAGCAGAGCGGAUCACAUCUACUGGUACCACUGGUGUCUACUGGUUGUAUUACUAGUAUAUACUGGUUGUAGGAUUUGUGACUAGUCUCCCGCUCUACUGAUGGUGCCUUGCGAUGCAAUGCACUCUGGGAAAUUAAGUUUCAUAAAACAAAUUUACUUUUUUCCACCCUCAAGGUUUUCCCCCCCCCCCCCCCCCACAUACAUGACUUUGAUGAGGUUAUUUUUGUUUAAUUUACGUUAAUUUUCUAUAGAAGAAAUUCCAUUUUUUUAUCGGCUGUUUGAUCAGCUCCCCGUUCUUCAUAUCAUGUCACCGCAGCGCUCAGUGUUCGACUAGCCUGGCCUUGAUAUCUGCUGCUCCUGCUCUGGGCUCCACUGCUGGCACUGUAAAGACGAGUACGUUCCCCAAUGAAAUGCUACCUGGAAGUUAGCACAUUAUCCAUUCCAUUACGUUUCUUUUAUCCAGCCUGGGUUUGGAUGUCUGAGUAAUUCCUAAAUAUGGCAGAUGGAUCAAAUGUUCAGGGUGUGGAGGUUGCCAGAUUGGACCACAUUCCCCCCUCUGCUCCUCCCUCAGUAGGUACCCGGAGUGCCUUCCUCACACGGCAGAUAAAACACUGUGACCACGCCCCCUGGCUAGGCUCCUCCCCGUCACCAGUCCACUGGACCAGUCCGACCGCUCAGUGUUGUUGCCUUACAUCCAUCUGAUUGGUUAUCGUCACCAGUCCUCUGAGUCGCUCACUGACUGCAGCACUUUUCCUUUGCCCAGUAUUACAGUCUCCGAUUCGGCUCUGUGUAUAUACAUGUGUGUAUGUAUGUAUAGGUGUAUAUAUCUAUAUAUAGAUAUAUAUAGAUAUGUCUUCUCUAUUCUGCCUCUGUAUAAGAGUCCAGAGAGCCCCCCCCAACACUGCGGUUAGUGUACCCCUGGGUUAGCGUACCCCUGGGUUAGCCAACCAUUUGUAAUAAGCAGAUGGCGUUUGAACCCAACCAGGUCAGCUGUAUUCUCAGUCCGAUUGAACGCAUGCCUUCUUAUGCAAGUUUUUAUACAUUUGUCGAAGCGGUUGAUAAUACAUUAUGCUUUAUCUUUGUUUCUAAAGUUUUGUAAAGUUGUCAAGAGGAUGAACGGUCGGACAUCGUAGUGUGACAACAGUCUCAAUUUAACUUCCCUAACGCAGCAGUGUCGCUACAUUCCACCCAGUCUGAAUGGACCUAGCUUCACUCAUUGGCUUUGCUAAUGCUAUAUUCCACAGUGAGAUCAGAAGUAGUUCUAGAAACAAGUGAGACAAGAUGUGAAUCUGAUAUAUCCAAAGAGUUCUGCAGGGUUGUUGAGGCCUCUAUGUAUGCGCUACAUAUCAGCCGCCGCAGAGCAGCUAGCCCUGGUCCUAGCGCUCACUGCUCGUGGAAUAGAGGGAGUUCAAAUCUUUAUGCAUACAGACAUUGUUCAACACCACUUCCUGAGCCCAGUCCGUGUUCCUGGAGCAUCUUGUAAAGUCACCAUUUAUUAGUUGAAAUAAUCCAAGUCAUGAUUGUGGCCUUCUAGUAUUGUUAAACAUGACAUAUCCCUUAUCCUCACCCUUAGACCCUCCUCUUUACCCUUAGCCCCUCCUCCUUCCCCUUAGACCCUCCUCCUUCCCCUUAGACCCUCCUCCUUCCCCUUAGACCCUCUGCCCUACCCUUAGACCCACCUCCUUACCCUCAGACCCUCCUAACCCUUAGAACAAUCCUCAUCCUUGGAACUCUCCUCAGCCUUAGAACCAUCUUAACCCUUAGAACUCGACUCUUCAUCACUACAGACUCACACCUGACUUGAGUCCCCUCCCCAGCCUUAGAACCGGCCCCUGAACCUUUAGAACCCGCUCCCCCAGUUCUCUGCUCCUCGUCGCUCGGCUCCUCUCGUCUCCGGUUCCUCUUGGGGUCGGGGGGCAAAAACAGAUCUUUUUUUCCAUCUUCCGUUGGGUGAGAUGCAUUGUAGCGAAACGAAUAAAGAGAAGUUCACCGUGGUGUGCUGACUAAUGUGUAAAUUGUUAAUUACACAGUAUGAAUAUUUGUAUAAUUGUUUGUAUUUUUUUCAUGAUCUUUUGAAAGGAAUGUGUUCGUUUGUGUCUUCUGUUGGCCUGACAUUGUGACUGGUCCGGUGGACAUUACCUCUGGGGAGUGUUUAGGAAUACUGUAGGGACAUGGGAAGACCUUAAUAUUAGGAGCAUUUGAUCAAUUUGUAUUUAUUUAUUUUACCAUUUUGUUAAUAAAUUGUGAAAAGCGAAGUGUUGUCUGUGUCUGGACUCUGAUGAGAGAAUGUUGUUCUUCUGAAGGCUCCUGGAGCAGAGAGGCUGGGGCCACACACACAUACACUUUACACACACGGAUCUCUUUCUUCCGUUUUUCCAUGUCAUUUCCUGUGGAAAAUGGUGGUCAAAGAUCGGGAAGGCAACCGAGUCAUUGCAGUGUUUUAAUCCGGGAUUCCCGUUGCCCGGUUCGGGUCGAAGCCAAGGAAGGGUGUUUGCUUCCGGUGGAGCGGGGAUGCUGCGGGGUCGCGACCCCGCUGCGUUGUUAUAGCGUUACUUCUGGACCGAGCCUCCUUAGACCAAGCCCCCUCCGCUCCCUCAGACGAGCACCCUCAGACCAAGAUGGCGUCUCUAUGAGCGACCCGGACUUCUGGGUCUGCCCGCAGUGCCAGCAGCCCUUCCUCUCGCGGUGCCCCGCCCACGGGCCUCCGCUCCUGAUCCAGGACAGCCCCGCCCCCCCGGGCCACGCCGGCCGGGCGCUGCGCUCCGCCCCCCCUGGCCUGCGGGUGGGGUCGGAGGGGGGUCAGGUGGAGGUGCGCUGCGGGGCCCAGAGAAUCCCCCAGGGGGCCGUGUUCGGGCCCUACGAGGGAGAGCUGGUCCCCAGGGACCGCUCCACCGCACACUCCUGGAUCAUCGUUGAUGUCAACAACUCUUAUCACUCCAUUGAUGGGAGCGACGAAACCAAAGCCAACUGGAUGAGGUACGUGCGAAUCUCGUCGGAGAACACGGAGCGGAACCUGACAGCGUUCCAGCGCGGGGGACAGCUGUACUUCAGCGCCAGCCGGCCACUGUUGCCUGGCAACCGGCUGCGGGUGUGGUACGGAGACGACUACAUCACACGCCUGCACAGCCUAUCAGAGCAGAGCAUCGACUGCAGCCUCCACCCAGGGUCUGACUGGAGACGGGGGGGUCUGCAGUGUUGGCGGGGCCCCGACGGCGAGGCUCCUCCUGCUGCUGACAGGACGGAGACUGACUCCGCCUCCAGAAGAGUCCAGGCCUUUCUGGAGAGCCAACCCGGCCUCAAGCCUCUCUCAGGUCCUCCGCCCAGCCGACUGGGCAAGAGAAGGCGUCUGUCUGCAGAGGCCCUGCGACCGGUGAAGGUGGAGGAGGAGGAGGAGCAGGAGCAGUCCUCCACCUCUUCGUGUCCCAACUGCAUCAAACUGAGGCUGAGAAUCUUCCAGCUGGAGGCAGAGCUUCACCUGCUAAGAGGGAAGGAGAUGGACCCAGCUACGCCCCCAAACCCGGAGCAAGGACCAAUAGAAGACCUCCGUGACAUGGACCCGCUGACCCCCUCCCAGAUGGUCCUGGACGAAGAGGACCAGGACCUCGACUCAGCUGACGAGUCCUUCAACGCCGACCCGCUCAUCUCAGCCGGUGACUCGUCCAAACUGCCGCACCGCCGCACCCGCCGCUUCAAGCAGGAGUGGCUGAGGAAGUUCUGGUUCCUGCGCUACUCGCCGGCGCUCAACGAGAUGUGGUGCCACGUGUGCCGGCAGUACACGGUGCAGUCGGCGCGCACGUCGGCCUUCAUCAUGGGCUCCAAGCAGUUCAAGAUCCACACCAUCAAGCUGCACAGCCAGAGCAACCUGCACAAGAAGUGUCUGCAGCUGUACAAGCUGCGCAUGCACCCCGAGAAGACGGAGGAGAUGUGCCGGAGCAUGACGGUGCUCUUCAACGCCGCCUACCACCUGGCCGUGGAGGGCCGGCCCUUCUCGGACCUCCGGCCGCUGGCGGAGCUGCUGAGGAGGUGUGAGCUGAAGGUGGUGGAGCAGUACCUCAACGAAGGAGAUUGCCAGAUCCUCGUUCAUCACAUCGCCCGCACCUUAAGGGAAGACCUCGCAGAGAAGAUGCGUUUGUCUCCGUUCCUCAGCGUCCUCAUGGACUGUCAGAAUGAGGACCUGUUUCCAGACACGGUGGCCUUCUACGUCCAGUUCACUACAAACGACGGUUCCCCCAACACAGAGUUCCUCUCGCUGCAGAAGCUGAGCCAGGCCAGCGCUGAUGGCUAUCUCCAAGCCAUCGAGCGGGCGUUCUGUGUCUUUGGCCUUCGGUUCCAGGACUUGCUGGUGGUCGGCGUGGGGAUGGACGGUGCCCCCAUGUCAACAGGCAUGCGAGGCAGUAUGUUUGUCGCCCUGCAGAGGGUUCUCCCCUGGCUCCUCUCCCUUCCCGUCAUGAUCCACCGGCCUCAUCUGGAGGUGUUGGAUGUCAUCAGUGGCAAGGAGCUGUCCUGCCUGGAGGACUUGGAGAACAACCUGAAGCAGCUCCUGGGUUUCUACCGCUACUCCCCUCGUAUGAUGGCCGAGCUCCGCCUGACCGCGCCCACGCUGUCGGAGGAGAUGGAGUUCCUCGGAGACAUCCGAGCCGUUCGUUGGAUCAUCGGGGAGCCGAACGUCGUCAACGCCCUCAUCAAGGACUACCUGGAGGUGGUGGGUCAUCUGAAGGAUGUCAGCCGCCAGACGCAGAAGGCCGACGCCGCCGCCGUCGCCCUCACACUCCUCCACUUCCUGCUGGACUACCAGUCGGUAAAGCUCAUCUAUUUCCUCCUGGACGUCAUCGCUGUUCUGUCUCGUUUGGCGUUUACCUUCCAGGGCGACUACCUCCUGGUAUCGCAGGUGAACGACCGGAUCGAGGAGUCGAUGGUGGAGAUCGGGCAGCUUGUGGAUCGUCCUGGGGAGUACCUGCAGGAGUUUGAAGAGAACUUCCGUGAAAGUUUCAACGGUGUCGCUCUGAAGAACCUGUGUGUCGCAGAGUCCAAGUUCCAGGCCAUUCGAGAGAAGAUCUGCCGGAGGAGCCAGGGCAUCUUGUCCCAGAGACUGGACCCCCUGAGCAGUCCUCUGGCCAGAGCCUGCCGGGUGCUGGACUUCUCCUCCUGGCCCCGGACCACCGAGGACCUGCACUCGUAUGGGGAUGAGGAGAUCCUUUUGAUAUUCAACCAUCUGGAGUCCAUUCCAUCGGUCCCCUGUGAGGGCCAGGCGAGGUCAGAGGCCCAGGGCAACCUGCUGGUGGAGUGGAGAAGUCUGAAAGCCGACUUCUGCAGCAUCGGCUCCAAAGAGCUUCUAGGUCACCUCUGCAAGCACAGACAGCGCUUUCCUCUUUUGUGUCGGGUCGCCCAGCUGGUGCAGGUGCUGCCCACGUCCACCGUCUGCUGUGAGAGAGGCAGAGGCUCCUUGCAGAAGAUGUACCAGAACAGCCGCUCCAGGCUGGGUCUGGACCCGAUGAACGACCUGCUCACCCUGGCCAUCAACGGGCCGCCCAUCGCCAGCUUUGACGGGAAGCGAGCUCUGGACUCCUGGUUCGAGGAGAAGUCUGGGAGCUCCUCCUUGCUCUCAGCUGAGAUCAUAAACAGGAUAUCGAAAUCUCAACAUGAGUCCAGCGACGCUAAUACAGACAUCUUGCCCGAUACCUGACCUUGGACCCUGAUACCUGACCUUUGACCCUGAAUCCUGACCUUUGACCCUGAUACCUGACCUUCCACCAUGAUACCUGACCUUCCACCAUGAUACCUGACCUUUGACACUGAAAACUGACCUCUGACCCUGAUACCUGACUUUUCACCCUGAUACCUGACUUUUCACCCUGAUACCUGACCUUUCCCCUGUUCAACACGUUUUAUUCCAUCUGAAUGUACAAGAAACGUGUGAAAUAAUGAAUGUUGUACGGGAACAAUCAGAGAAUGUGCACACAAGGAAUGUUUGUACACAAGGUAAUAAAGGAGCUGAAGCUAUGAUGGGAGCAUGUCAUCUAACGUUUGUAUCUCCUUAACUAAGGGCUUCACACUGAGGAAAUAUUCUGGUGGUACAAUAAGCUCUAAAUCUUUACGUUUUACACAAUUUGCUGAGCUACUGAAGAGAAAAUAUAAUAUAAGUAAUAUAAUUGUUACUUAUUGCCUCACAUUUAAUUUAAGCAGCGUGUUGAUUAUGGAUAAUAGUUUCCUUUCAAUAAGUAUCAAGUGUUUAGGUGAUGCGAACACUAUACCUUCAUAUGAUAUA